CGUAGAUUUCCCUUGUAUACCCGCGACGUCAACCGUCACUAACUCUCUCCAAGUUUCAGCAUUGAUUUCUCCUCCAUCUUCUUUCUUGGGAUGCCAAUUAAUUGCACAUGUCACCUCUAUAAUUCUUUGCCUGGAGCAUAGAAAAAAUCCUUGGAAAACGGUUGAUAGUAUUGAAAGCAAGCACUCAGACCCAACCUUUCCCUCGUAUUCGGCAGUAAAUCCGGAUUACUUCCCAACCCCCGCCAUCUCAUGUCAAGUAUCCAUCCCACUAAAAGUUGAGAGCAAGCAUAUCCUAGAUGGCUUCGUCGGUACACUCUACUUCUUCGGGAGGUCCUAUAACAAAUGAAAAGAACACACGGUCAUCGUUUAAUGAGAAAAACAAGCAACCGGCAAUGGCAGCGAUACCUGCUUCGAAUAUUUCGAAAGGGCUAAAUGCAAUAGAGAAACCCAUUCAAGAUGCCAAGCCUACUACUACGACCAUAGACACGUCUGCCGCAACUACUAGCGAUACCGACUUGGCGACACGGCAAACUCAAGACGAUCCAGUGAAUUCCCAGGAUUUCCAAGGCGAAGUGCAAACUACCAACGACCUACCAACAAUCGAGACGCUACGCAAAAUAGAGACAUACACAGUUCUCGACAGUGAUGGAAAGUCACAUACUUUCAAGAGCCUCUAUGCUGGCCACAACUCUGCCCGUCGAGUCCUAAUAGUCUUCAUUCGACAUUUCUUCUGUGGGAACUGCCAAGAGUACCUGCGCACUCUAUCAGCCUCUGUUACCCCAGAUGCUCUCCUGCAAUUGCCGGUCAGCACCUUUAUUGCGGUCAUAGGGUGUGGCACUCCCGAGUUAAUCAAUUCGUACCUUCAAGAAACCGGGUGCCCAUUUCCAGUCUAUGCUGACCCAACUCGUCGUCUAUAUUCCGAACUUGGAAUGGUGCGUACCUUGGCAAUGGGGUCACGACCAGCUUAUCUCCAGGGGAAAUCUUUAGCACAUACCGUCGUGACCGGCGUAGUCCAGGGCCUAAAGCAAGUCAAGACAGGUCUGGUAAUGAAGAUGGGCGACCAACGACAAGUAGGAGGAGAGUUCCUUUUCGAACCGGCCAACCUGACAAUAGAUACACCCGUGACUACGCCACGCAGCGAAGAAGAGAAGAAGCUUGAGUUCCCCAGUGAAGAGAACAAAGCAGACGAACAUGAAGACCCUAAAGUCGAAGAGAAGCGAGUAACAUGGUGUCAUCGCAUGCGGACAACACGGGAUCAUGCGGAGAUGCCGGAGCUCAUGGAGGUACUCGGUCUAGACGGUAGCGGCGCUCCCAUCAAGGACAAGAAACGAUGGGAGAAGGCGCUGAGGACAAGAAAAGGUACAGGUUUGAGUAUGGCAAGCCAGAUGAGCCGAAUGAGCAUCGAUACUUAUCGUACCAACCAUACCCAUACCAGUCACACUAAUGGUGAUUCCAAGGUAGAUAUCAAGGCCUAGGAGCUUCUACAUCGCAUAAUAGACAUAUAGCAGGGGGGGAGACUACCAGGGAUUGGUGGAUACAGUGGGAGUUGCAUUUGUAGUUGAGGAAUAUGCUGCGCAAAAUCUAUGUAAUCCGUCAUUACAGCUAUAUUGACUUUCAUUCCCGGGCAACAAAAGUAUUGCGAGGUUGUAUGUCACAUUUUUGACGCUUCAGGGGGAGAUUGGGGGAGCUAUUUGGAUUGACUGAAUUAAUGCAUCAGAAGAUA